GUGCUUAUGUGGUUUAGACUCUGGCUGGGUUUGAAGAGGUGGUACUAUGCUGAGCGUGUCACUCUGGCAAGAAGAACCUUGGCUGAAGUACAGAGUACAGCAUCUCUUCUUGCUGGUGUUUGUUCCUUGAAAUUACUGAAGGGUGUAUUAACCCAGUCAUUUGUGCCAGCCUCUCCUGAACUGUGGAAAGAACAGUCCUGUCUGAAAGCUAAGUCUUCUGUCAAGUGUCAGUGCUGACCUUAGAAGAGCCUUUAUAGGGUCAUUCCUUCCCAGGAGCAGGGGGAGGAGAAACCUCUUUUGUUAGAGGCUUCAGGAAAAGGCUGGGGGUGCUGGAUGGCUUUUGCAGGCUAUUAGCAGCAUGGUUUGGGUCUCCAGAGGACAUAUCUGCCUGGCUGAGGGGCAGAGAGGAUAAAUCUGAUGCCAAAUCAGGGCAUGCCAAGCUCGUGGAGGGGUGUGUUGGUGGGGAGCUCACUGUGAGGAUUUUGUCUGUGCUGGAGUUGUGGAAGGCAGUUUGUUAGAUAACAUCUGAAAUCAAUAUGUGCAAUUACUCUGCCUUGGGAAGAUGCCUGGAGACAGCAUACCCAUUGCUGCCCAAAAGUGCAGGUGGAUGAUGGGCAGGUGGAGUGUUGAUGGGUCUGUUCAGCAGCUCAGAGCACUGACAAGCACUGGGUGUAGGGGGAGGCAGGCUCUGCUUAUGUGGGAGAUCACACUUGGCUUCAGGGCUCUGUGUGGAUGCUGAGCACACUGUCUUAGGCAUUGUAAGUAGGCGAAAGGUGGGAGGGGAAAAUGGUUUGUGUGAGGUCAGCAGCAGACCCCAGCUUUGGGCAGCAUCAGGCUGUAGUAGGAGCUCUCCUGACAUGUGAGUGUGAAGGAGGGUGGGCAAACAAGGCUUCUGGGUGGGUUUUUACCCACCUCUAACAUGGGGUGGAGGGAGACUUCUUCCUGCACAGCCUCCGGCAGAUGCUUGCUGCUACUCAGCCCUGCUGCUGCUCCCGAAGUUUGGCAGUUGGUGAUGGCAGGAUGCUAAGCUGUCCCUUUGCUGAGAACCAGUGAGGAGGUAUUGCAUGGAGAGAUUCCUUCAUGCCCCAUGCUGUCUGUGAGCGCUACAUUGCAGCCUUCUGAGACAGUAUAAGCUGGAUGCAGUGAUGGGGGACUCUCCAACAAAUGCCGUGGAUGGAGGCAUAGACACAUGCUGCAAAGACACGCAGACUGAACUGGCAGAGCGGGUAGCAGCCAUAGAUGUGACUAUUGGCCCAGACAGAAGUGACCAAAAUGGUGAAGACAACACUGAAGAAAAUGACACAGUCUUUUCUGAUAAUAUAAAAGACAUCCAAAGAAAUGGAGUCAACAGUGAUGUGGGAAUGAAUGAAUUUCUGCCUUCCCAACAGUCAGAAGAUGCUCACUGGAGGCAUGUUCCCAAGAGACCUCUCACUAGACCUGUCCUAUCAAGUAGGAAGUUGUCUCUUCAGGAAAGAUCAUCUGGAGGUUAUUUGGCUUCUAGCAACACUCCAGGUUAUGGUCCUUAUGCCACAGGGCCAUCACCACGUAUAAUGAGGAGACCAACGAUAGAGUCCAAUAGGGUCUCCAUAUCAGAUUCUGAGGAUUGUGUGCAACUAAACCAGUACAAGCUGCAAAGCGAAAUAGGCAAGGGUUCCUACGGUGUUGUGAAACUGGCCUACAAUGAGAACGACGACAAGUAUUAUGCUAUGAAAGUCCUCUCCAAAAAGAAGCUCUUGAAGCAGUAUGGAUUUCCACGUCGGCCUCCUCCUAGAGGGUCGAAAGCAUCCUCCGGAGAGCAGCCAAAACCCAUGGCACCACUGGACAGAGUCUAUCAGGAAAUAGCCAUCUUAAAGAAACUGGACCACAUCAACAUCGUUAAGCUGAUAGAGGUUCUUGAUGAUCCUGCAGAGGACAACUUGUACAUGGUGUUUGACCUCCUGAGGAAAGGGCCUGUCAUGGAGGUACCAAGUGACCAGCCCUUCAGCGAGGAACAGGCUCGGCUCUACUUCCGAGACAUCGUCUUGGGCAUUGAGUACUUGCACUACCAGAAGAUCAUUCACCGGGACAUCAAGCCUUCCAACUUGCUCUUAGGAGAUGAUGGGCACGUCAAAAUUGCUGAUUUUGGAGUCAGCAAUCAAUUUGAAGGGAACGAUGCCCAGCUUUCCAGCACGGCAGGGACACCAGCCUUCAUGGCGCCAGAGGCCAUUUCAGACACUGGCAAAAGUUUCAGUGGAAAGGCGCUUGAUGUAUGGGCCAUGGGAAUUACCCUGUACUGCUUUGUUUAUGGGAAGUGCCCUUUUAUAGAUGAAUAUAUUCUGGGUCUUCAUAACAGGAUCAAGAACAAGCCUGUAGAGUUCCCAGAAGAAGCACAGAUAAGUGAAGAGCUCAAGGAACUUAUCCUACACAUGCUUGAUAAAAAUCCAGAAACAAGGAUAACAGUCCCUGAAAUUAAGGUGCACCCGUGGCUAACCAAGGGCGGCGAGGAGCCCCUGCCGCUGGAGGAAGAGCACUGUACAGUGGUGGAGGUGACAGAGGAGGAAGUGAAAAACUCGGUGAAGACCAUCCCAAGUUUGCCAGCUGUGAUCCUAGUGAAGGCCAUGCUAAGAAAACGCUCCUUUGGAAAUCCAUUUGAGAUUCAGACCAGACGGGAGGAGAGGUCCAUGUCUGCUCCAGGGAACUUACUGAUGGACAGACUCUUAAAUGCAUCUGUGUAUUUGCAUCCAUCUUUAAGAAAACAAGGGAGCAGAGAAGGAGGCAGGGACCCGGAGCUGCCUGAUGUGUGUGAAGAUGAAGCUACGUCCUGAAGCUGCCUGGCCGUCCGCAGGCUGGUCGCUCACGUGCUGCUGCUGUUGUACCCAUCAUGGUGUUGUCUAGCACACAUCUGCCCUCAUCGCCAAGUCUGGGGCCUGCAAAGAAAAAAAAAAAGCCCACAAAAAAACUCCAAACAAAAUGGAUCAACCCAGAAAACCAGAAAGGAGGAACAGAGCAGCAAUAAGAAGAGCAAGUCCUUGGGCAGCGCAGCUGGCAGAAGGCUGUCUCGGCCUCGUGGGCGGCUGCGUUCCUUGUGCGAGGUGUCCGUGCACUCCUCCGUGUGUGCCUUGCUCUCCACUUGUGCUUCAUGUGUGGGCUUUGUAGUUGGGUGUCUUGGCCAAUGAAUGUGGUUUUAUUUGUAACGCAGCAAACCAAACAUUGUCUCAUGGGUCGUUUGCCCUGGAGACUUUUUCCUUGCUUUUUUGCAUUCUCUAUUUCAAGCAUCAGGGAAAAAAAAUGAUAUCACAGCCAGGUUUUAUAUCAAAGGGCAACUGUUUUAUUUAAUGCAUGGGUAAAGUUCUUCUGCAUACCAGAACACAUCCUGCUCCUGUUGGAGUUGAUGGCAAAAUUUCUAUGGAUAUCAGUUAAACGAGGAUGAGAUCUUUCUUUUGGAAUGAACGCUGUCACUCUAUGCUGUUCUUUGUCUCUCUCUUUUUUUUUUUUUUCCUUCUCUUCUUACCCCUCAGUUUUGCACAGUGUAAAUCCUGCCAGCACUGAUGGCUUUAGUCAGGGUGGCGGUGUAAAAUAGAAGAACUACACAAUAUUCCCUGUGAUGUGCAAUGAGCUUUUGAGCGUCGUAGAGAUCUGGAGCAUUGGGAUAUGCUGUUACACGGAAAGGCUUAGUGCACUGAGGACGUCAGCUAACCAGGCGUGCUCUUCCCAAAGAGCUGGGAUUGCAUUCCAUCAGCUGUGCCCAGUCCUGUGUGCAUGGACCUUGUUCUCAAAGGUGAAAAGAAGUUGGCAGGUUUUGGGUUUAUUUUAUUUAAGGGUGAUUUCUUUUCCUUUAGUCAUCUCUUAGCUCCUUUAAAAUUAUGUACCUGAUGCUUUUAAACUCUGAUUUCCUGAUAAAUGACCCAAACUGGGAGCAUUCCCUAGGAUGGAAAAUGUUGGUGGAGGGUUUUUAGACUAAGGAAAGCUACAGAACACAAAUGAGAUCAAAACUUGAUCUUUUGGUUUUUUUAAAGGCUUUAAUUCUUAAUUUUAUUUUAAGACUGUAAUUUUUAUGCAUGUGCUGAUGCUGCUAUUUUAUCCAUAGAUUGCUUCUAAACUUGGGAUUAGAAGCUUCAUCUCUACAGUUUAACAACAGGUGAGAGAUUGCACUUAAAAGGGCAAAUGCAGCUAUUUCAGUGGCUGUUGACUAUACGGACUGUGUAUAUAAUCAGGAAUUUCACUCUUGCACUCAGAAUAAAAACCAGUGACAUCAAUCCAUCAAAAUAUAUGUUAAUAUUUUCCCUUGAGUUUUAUGGGGUCUGAACAUGCCCCUGGGAAGCCAAUGGGAUUGGAUUCUUAUUUUAUAGUACUUAAAUAAAGGACAUGAUUAAAUUUGGUUCCUACACAAUCAUCUUACUGUCUUUUUAUAGGUUAAUCCUUGAGGGCUUGGGACUUUGUCCCCACAUUUUUUGUGCGAGGGGAUACGCGUACGAGGAUUGUUGGUAGCGACUGGAAUACUGGUGUUCCCAUUCUGUUUACUGCAGUCUAGUUUGGUGGUUUCCAACAUUUUCCUAACGGGGCUUUGCUGCUGGUGGCCUCUGCUCCCCAUCCACAGCCUGCUGCCUCCCCUCGCUGGUCUUCAGCCACCCCAGUGGGAUGCCCAGAAGGGCUCAGCCCUAUGUCUUGCCUGUAAAUAUUGACAAAUUGGGAAAUAGCAUUGCAGUUAAUGCAACUUAUUAAGGAGACCUUUAAUUUCUAAAGCAGGCAAAGGGAUUAUAUGCUGUAAAGGUUACUGCUCUGGGCCUGUGCUCUGCAUCACUCACAUCCAGAUGGCAAAUCCUGCCUGCAUUUGUGCAUCUGCCUGGGCCAGCAUCCUCCGAGGGCCCGCGGCUCUCCUUCGGCCGAGUGCCACGAUACGUCCCGCGGGUUGGCACGCUCAAGCGUGUGCUUGGAUCUGGCUGCCUUGUAACAAAGAUUUAAGCGCCUGGUGAAAGGGAGUGAAAACUGAGAUGGGGACUUGGCAAGUCUGAGAGCGCAAGAGGGAGCCCUGCAAAUGUGGGAGGAGGGACUGGGCAGGAGGAACUGCUGCCUGCGGAGGGGAUGGUCUCCGGAUGCAAACUGGUCUGUACUGGGACAAAGCGCUGAUGUGCCACCAGGUCCUGCUGCGCACCAGGGACGGAGCUGAACAGCUCUGUGGAAAUGGCAGGAGCGAACUCUGUGUCCCCCAGGGCUGGCCAUGGUAGAGCUCUGCUGCGGCAGGGCUGGGCUGCCAGCAGCGGGGAGGAAGGCUGCAACGCUGGAUGAGCCCCCAGCCUGUGCAGAGGGGUGAUUUCAGGACGACUGCAUGUUUUGGGAAGUCGCCUUGCCCCUGGAAAAGAGGGAGUACUGGUAAUCCUUAUCCCCAUGGCUCUUCUGAGGGCUAAGCAAUACUUGAGUGGUGCUCAAAGAGCUGUUAACAUGGGGUCAUUUAUUGUAUUUUUAAUAUAUGGUAAGAAUAAGUCAGGGACAGAGAGACACUUUGCUAAUCCAGCCAGUUGUUGGGGUUAUUCCGGUAAUGGCCAAGGGGGUGGGAGCUGGCGGGGCAAGGCUGCAGGAAGGCUUUUCUCAGCCUCAACUGAUGUGACCAAACAAAUGAUCGUUUACAAAUUAGCUCUAUGUCAUGUUCCUUUAGUGGUAGCCGGAGUGCCACUUCAGUUUUGGAAGGGAAUGGAGGAAAUGGGUGGGUUUUAUAAUUAUCCCAAAAUUACUUUGAAAAAAAUUGCCCUUUCUGACAAGAAAUCCUUCUGGAGCUGUUUCUGCAGGUUCAAGAAGCAAACCAGAGUUGUACAGCUGAGCUUUUGUCAUACCGCCAGCAAAUCUGCCAGCCUUGUGGGUCUUUAUGCCUGCCUCCAGAAGCCAUCCGUUACAGACAGCAGCCUGAAAACGUGCAUGAAAUGAAAUGCAAAAGGUGCGCUAGCAGCAAGAGAAGUGCUCAGAUUUAUUCAAAGGCUUGGUAGGACUCCUGCAAAAAUAAGCUCUAGUUCUCACUUAGCUGAAAUGAAAUCCGUGCUUGUUUAUGUGCAUGUUAGGGCAGCUGGGAGCAAUGCUGCUCCUGCUCUGAAGAAAGGAAGAGACUAAAGAGAGUGUUUAUUUAAAAAACCCUGAAAUCUCUGGCAAGCCAGCCCUUUUAUGGCCUCAGGAAACUCAUUCUCUUAGCUGGACGGCUAAAUAUUUGUCUCGCUUCUCUCUAUGAAUGCAGGGACAGGGUUUGGUGUGGCAGGGCUCCUCGGAGCAGCAAGAAGAGCUGGGGUAGGCACAUUCUGAUGCUUUUGUAUAUGCUCUGUGGUUUUCCCCUUUGAAUCCUCAUUUGCCUGUGCUAUUCCUGGGGAACAAGCAUCCUGUGAAAAGAGAUACCGGGAUGCUCUGAACCGCUCUGUGUCCUGGGAGGGCUCCUCUUUCCCCUGCCACAUGGUGGCAUGGUCAGCUUUGAUCUGCCUCUGUCGGCUUUUCCAGCUCAGGGAUGGGUACAGACUGAGACACCUUGAUGGAAAUUUCUCUUUUGGGGAAAUUGCACAUCUUGUUGAUCUCCAGGAGGUAGAUUUCUCUCUGUCUUGCUCAGUUAAUACCUCUGGGCCUUCAGUUGGGGAGGUAGUACUAAGUAAAAAUCCUGUUUCAGUAUCUCCUGUCUGGCACGAAGGAACACUGCAGUGAAUGUCUUUAACCCUUUGGGCAGGAAUACGUCACUGUGAAUGUCACAUUUGCAAAUAAAUGAGGUUUUCAGCUCUUUAAUGAUGUGUUGCAGCAUGCGAAUGGAUGUAUGGAGAACCACUCACACGUUGAUAAAGCCGCCUGCCCCCACUGUGCCCGUGCAGGAGCUCUGCUUUGGGCAGUGGUUCCUGGGGAUGUAUCCAUGAGAGGUCGCAGCGUGGGUAGCCGUGGUAUAACUAAAUCACCUGCAGCACUAACUGUGACUGGACUGUGAUUAAUUUUUUAUUUUUCUGUGCCUUGAGACACAAGAAGCAAACUGCACAGCAAAAGACCGGGCUUUCUGAAAGGUCAAGUGCCACAUGUCUUUGAAACAUUUUCUUUAUUAUCAUUUUGAGGGCAGAUAAGUCAGACCUGUCCUUUGCUGAUCAUGGUGGCAUCAGUUACGUAUCUUGUUUGUGUCAUCCUGGGCCAACAUCUCCUGUCCGGAUGGUGCUUCACUUUUUGCAUCUUGCAAGUUGCAGGUUAGAGAAGUCUUUGAGUUUCGGAGCUGAAAGUUCACCUGGAGAUUUGUGCUGAGGGAGUGGCACAGGUUCGUUGCAGGUUUGCAGGUGCAGUGGGUCCAAGCAGGAGGACCCCGAGAAGUACGGGGUCUCUGGUGAGCCCAGCACACUCCUGCCACCGUGCCCUGUUCUGUGUGUGCCCGUCCCCUUCGGCAGGUCUUCAUCUCCCCUGCUACCUGCCAGAACUGAGCCCCCGAGGCAAGCAAAACCCACCGAGGCUAAAUACACCCCCAGCUCCUUGCAGUGUGGCAUCGCUAACCCAGGCUGCGUUGUUUGGGGGUCCUAGGGGGAGUGGUUUGACAAAUGCUGCCCUGGAAGAUAUUCCUGGGGAAUGAAACAGGGACGGCGGGAGCAGCUGGUGGUCAGGCGUCAGGGGGUUGGUCACGGGAAAGCUGAUUUCAUGUAUGGCCGUGUCUGAGGGGAGCCCGGCGGGGGGACGGUGUAGCUGCUCCAUGCAAAAUGAAUUGCAGCUCGAUGAAACAACUCCCAGGACAGGGUUUAAUUCCUUAUUUAUUGCCAGACUUGCAGGGGGGAGCCAGUGGGAGGAAUUUUAUUUCCAUUCAGCACAGCUCCGUAUCCUGAAGCCGUCAGCAGCGCUGCCGCAGGGGCUGAGGGAGGUUUUUCUCCAUUUCUGUGGUGUGUGGCUGGGGGGAGCUCGUUUGCUCUCUCCAGCUCGGUGCUUUCCAUCCUGUAUCUUGCCCAAGAAAACAAAGAGCUUCAUCCUGCCAGCCCAGGGCCUUCAUCCCAGCCCCUUAGGGACCCAGGCUCGCUCUGAGGGUCCUGGCUGCCCUCACUCGUGCUCAGAGCCCCUUGUGCCCCGCCGGCUGCGGUGAGCAGCAUCCUGUAGCUGGUGCUUUGGCUUUUCUGACAUCAAGCAGCACAAUCAGGUACGUGAGAAGCUGUUGCAUGAUUGCAAGUUAUCCUUGGAUGGUGCAGCUACUGCAAGAGCUUCAGAACAACCGCAGCAAGGAUUGCUCUCUCUCCAGUGCUGUCUCUGGGCAGGGUGGCUGUGCGAGUUAAAAGGGGGUCCUGCCGAGAGCACGAUAAUGUUGGGUGUCCAGCAGGAAUACUGGAGACUGGGAAUCAGAUCGCAGGAUUUGUGUGUGUAUAUAUAACUCAGCUUGGUUGCCAAGCUUCUCCACUUUACUGGGGCGCAUUUACAGUGGUGUUUGCUGAGCAAAGCAGUGAAAGGGAUUUCUUUUCUGGCCCAGAGCCUCCCCCAGAAGACCACACUCUGAUCAGGUCCCUCCCAACCUGAAUUAACCUGGAUUAUUCUGUGAGCCUGUUACUCUGAACGUGGCCUCCCACGGGACGAGGGAAGGAAAGGAGCUCAAGAGCCAGUCGCUGCCUCUCACCUUCCCUUCCCUGAAGGAGAGCUAUGGGUGCGUAGGGUCGCAGCUAGCAGAUGCCCAGGCCCUCAGUCAGUAACCACAAGCCAUCAGUCAAAGUGUUCCAGAAAAAAUAAUAGUGUAAAUUGAAGAAAAAAUAAAUUGCGACUUUUGUGGAUAUAAUUCAGAUCCUUUGUGCUGUUAUUUUGCUGCUGAUUCUGAUGUAUAGGCCUGUUCUGUUAGUAUUUAAGUCUCUUGUUACACUUGAUGUUAAAUAUACGACUCUGUAUGUACUCUGCUAUAAUUCAAGCAUGAUGUAUAUGCACUCAGUACUGUAAUGGCACGUGGCCAUUGCACUGUAAAUAUGUACCAUGAAUAGAGAGGCUAUUUUUUGCAUGCUUUUAUACUCUAGAACUGAAGAGAAAAUGAUAAUAAAGUACACAGAAAU